AUGCCACUGACUCUGAGCUCCGCCGCCCAGACAAACGCCUCCUCCUCCGGCCCCCAGCUGGAUUUCAUGUAUCCGGUAGUCUCCCUGGCCAGCUCCUACCCAGGCUACCAAGCGCUGCCGGAAGCGCCUCCCCAGAACCUGAGCUCCUACCAUCUGAGCAUCAACAACACCCCGGCCACCCCCCUCAACAGCAAUUACACUGCUUCGUCGGCCAUGUUGGCGCCUCACAACCAGAUACCCGGUCCUUCUGGGCCCAUGAUGCCCCAGCAUCCGCUUGCGGGCCAAAACCACCCCGUUCCCUUUGCAGGUCCUCCGGUGCAAGAAAAGUGCACUUGCAAGCUGAACCCAAACCGCAUUCCUCGUCCCAGGAAUGCGUUUAUUUUGUUCCGUCAGAAGUACCACCAGCUGGUGCUUGACGAGCUGACGGAGGCAAAGACGAACCCCGAGGUGAGCAGAGAGCUCGGUCGCCGUUGGAGAUCGCUUUCGCCUCAGGAGAGAGAACACUGGACCAACUUGGCUGAAGAGGAGAAGAAGAACCACGCCAAGAAGUAUCCAAACUACCGCUACACGCCUCGUCGUCACGGUAAGGGCAAGCACUGCCCGCUGUGCCAGCAGAAGCAUUUGAGACAGGCACAGAUGAACCAGCAGCAACAGCAGCAGCAGCAACAGCAGAAGCAGGCGGUGAUGCGAAGCUCUGUGCUGGAACAAGACGGCUUGAUGUCGCUGCGAAACUUGCAAAAACUGCCAUUGAAUCAACUGCUGUCUUUUGCGCCACAGAUGCAGCCUUUUGGUCUUCAGCAGCAGUACUCGCUGGGCCAGCAGUCGCUUUCAGGGCAGUCGCUUUCAGGGCAGCCAUUGCAGCAGCCAUUGCAGCAAUCACAGCAGCCUCAACAGCAGGGCAACCCGUAUGUUCUGCUGCAGAUGGGCCAGUUUGUGUUUCAAAGCCCAUUCAACCAAGUGGGGCCUCAAUUCGGCUUUCCUGAACAGCAGCAGCAACAGCAGCAACAGCAGCAGCAGCAGCAGCCACAUGGCUCGCCCCAGCAGCAGCCCCAGGGACAGCACCCAAACGACAAGAUGGGUUUUGCUGAUAUGAACCAACCCCACUUUAUGGGCUACGAGCAGCAAGGCACCCACCAGCAAAGAUUCAACUCUUUGCCCACCGCCAUGAGCGGUGGAUCCUACAAUGGGCCCGAGGUUUACAUGCAGCCUCAGGCCCCCACCAAAGAUGAGAUUUUAUUAAUAUGA